AUGGCGCCCGCUCAACCUGAGCUGAAAAAGUAUCUCGAGAAGCGGCUUUUCGUGCAAUUAAAUGGCAGCCGCAAGGUGAUUGGAGUCUUGCGCGGGUACGAUGUCUUCUUGAACAUUGUCCUCGACGAAGCCGUUGAAGAGAAGGAGGGCGGGGAAAAGGUCAAGAUCGGCAUGGUUGUCAUUCGCGGAAACUCGGUCGUCAUGAUGGAGGCGCUAGACAGGAUCGGAGGCGACGACAGGCAGCACCACCACCGAUGA